CACCAGGCGCUGGCGGACAGCUCCCCGGGAGGGCAGCGGGCCCAGCGUCCGCCGACAGUACGCCAAGAAGACCGGCUCAAUCGGAUCUCCCAGUUGGAGAGAGAUCAGCUUCCCCAUCCCUUAAACAGUCUGCCCAGACUCAUGAAAGCACAAGAGAGAUGCUGAGCAAUGGUCAUGCCAGCCAACAAACAGAUGGACCUAGGAGGACACUCCAGGUGGACACCAGAAUUCAGAGAUCAGGACGAUCUCCCUCUGUAUCACCAGAUCGAGGCAGCACCCCUACCUCGCCUUACUCUGUCCCACAAAUCGCACCCCUUCCAAGCAGCACACUUUGUCCUAUAUGCAAGACAACAGAACUCACCUCCUCUCCUAAUCAGCCAAACUUCAACACUUGUACACAGUGUCACAACAAGGUCUGCAACCAGUGUGGAUUCAAUCCCAACCCCCAUCUCACUGAGGUGAAAGAAUGGUUAUGUUUGAAUUGCCAGAUGCAGAGAGCUUUGGGAAUGGACAUGACCACCGCACCUCGCUCCAAAAGUCAGCAGCAGCUACAUUCUUCUUCACUUUCUCCAUCCCACUCCCCAGCCAAACAUCCCCAGCCUCCAUCCCUGGGAAUAACAGGACAAGAGAAACCACCAGGAGCUGUGCAGCCAGGCAUUAGGCAUGGUGCUGGUGUUCUGCAAUCAGAGUCACCAAAACCACCCGCAGCUACAGCACGGAGGGAACAAUACACCCAAGGCCAGCCAAAACCUGCUGCACCUCAGGAAGUGGUUAGGUCUUCCCCUCAGCAUCAAGCAAAGCCUUCCUCCUAUGACCAGAGACAGACUGUGGGAGACUCCCCAGCAAAGACUUCAGCACCCCCCCACAGUGCUGCAGCACAAGAGCAACCCCAAGAGGGCCUCACAGGAAAGCUCUUCGGGUUUGGGGCUUCUCUUUUGACCCAGGCAAGCACACUCAUGUCCGUUCAGCCAGAGGUCACCCUGCAAAGUCAGCAGUCUCUUGGCAAAGUGCCUCCAAAAAUUGUCUUCAGUGAUUCCAGCAAAGAAGCUGGACUCAGAGCCUCAAGUGCUGCAUCUGGAGCACAGAGUAGGGCUGGAACUGCCCCAGCUACAAAGCAAGGAAAAGCAGAACAAGUCAUCAAGCCAAAGGAAGUGCCGAAGGAAAGGGUCUUGUGCCCCCUCUGCAAAUCAGAGAUCAAUGUGGGCUCCGGGGAACCCUCCAACUAUAAUACCUGUACGACCUGUAAACAGCAGGUCUGCAACAUGUGUGGAUUCAACCCAACACCUCAUCUUGUGGAG